AUGGGAUCGCAACUGGCCCACCGCCAUCUUGCAAUCGACUUUCACAUCGCAAUGUGUACUUGUCUGGCCCCAGAACGGAGACCUAGCAGCUCCUCGGAGACUUUGCAGGGGCAGGCCCCAGGCAACAAGCCCCAGGCCCCAGGACCCAGGCAACAACAAGCCCCAGGCCCCAGGACCCAGGCCCCAGGCCCCAGGCCCCAGGCCCCAGGCCCCAGGCCACAAGCCCCAGGACCCAGGCCCCAGGCAACAAGCCCCAUGCCCCAGGCCCCAGGCCCCAGGACCAAGGCCCCAGGCAACAAGCCCCAGGCCCCAGGACCCAGGCCCCAGGCCCCAGACCCCAGGCCCCAGGCCCCAGGCAACAAGCCCCAGACCCCAGGACCCAGGCCACAGGCAACAAGCCCCAGGACCCAGGCCCCAGGCCCCAGACCCCAGGACCCAGGCCCCAGGCAACAAGCCCCAGACCCCAGGACCCAGGCCACAGGCAACAAGCCCCAGAUCCCAGGACAUAGCCCCAGGGCAGCCCCAGCCCCAGGCCCCAGGACCCAGGACCCAGGCCCCAUGCAACAAGCCCCCAGGACCCAGGCAACCAGGCCCCAGGCCCAGGCAACAAGCCCCAGGCCCCAGGCAACAAGCCCCAGGCCCCAGGACCCAGGCCCCAGGCCCCAUGCAACAAGCCCCAGGCCCCAGGCAACCCAGCCCCAGGCCCCAGGCAACAAGCCCCAGGACCCAGGCCCCAGACCCCAGGCAACAAGCCCCAGGCCCCAGGACCCAGGCCCCAGGCAACAAGCCCCAGGCCCCAGGCAACAAGCCCCAGGACCCCAGGCCCCAGGCAACCCAGGCCCAGGCUCCAGGCCCCAGGCCCAGGCCCCAGGCAACAAGCCCCAGGACCCAGGACCCAGGCCCCAGACCCCAGGACCCAGGCCCCAGGCAACAAGCCCCAGGCCCCAGGCAACAAGCCCCAGGCCCCAGGACCCAAGACCCAGGACCCAGGCCCCAGGCAACAAGCCCCAGGCCCCAGGCCCCAGGACCCAGGCCCCAGGCCCCAGGCAACAAGCCCCAGGACCCAGGCCCCAGGCAACAAGCCCCAGGCCCCCCCAGGCCCCAGGCAACAAGCCCCAGGACCCAGGACCCAGGCCCCAGACCCCAGGACCCAGGCAACAAGCCCCAGGCCCCAGGCAACAAGCCCCAGGCCCCAUGACCCAAGCCCCACCCAGGACCCAGGCCCCAGGCACCCCAGCCCCAAGCCCCAGGCCCCAGGACCCAGGCCCCAGGCAACAAGCCCCAGGACCCAAGCCCCCCCAGGACCCAGGCCCCAGGCAACAAGCCCCAGCCCCAGGCCCCAGGACCCAGGACCCAGGCAACAAGCCCCAGGCCCCAGGCAACAAGCCCCAGGACCCAGGCCCCAGGCAACAAGCCCCAGGCCCCAGGCCCCAGGCCCCAGGACCCAGGCCCCAGGCAACACAGAGCCCCAGGACCCAGGACCCAGGCCCCAGACCCCAGGACCCAGGCCCCAGGCAACAAGCCCCAGGCCCCAGGCAACAAGCCCCAGGCCCCAGGACCCAAGACCCAGGACCCAGGCCCCAGGCAACAAGCCCCAGGCCCCAGGCCCCAGGCCCCAGGACCCAGGCCCCAGGCAACAAGCCCCAGGACCCAGGACCCAGACCCCAGGACCCACCCCACAAGCCCCAGGCCCCAGGCAACAAGCCCCAGGCCCCAGGACCCAAGACCCAGGACCCAGGCCCCAGGCAACAAGCCCCAGGACCCAGGCCCCAGGACCCAGCCCCAGGCAACAAGCCCCAGGACCCAAGCCCCAGGACCCAGGCCCCAGGCAACAAGCCCCAGGACCCAGGCCCCAGGCCCCAGGCCCCAGGCCCCAGGCAACAAGCCCCAGGCCCCAGGCAACAAGCCCCAGGCAACAAGCCCCAGGCCCCAGGACCCAAGACCCAGGACCCAGGCCCCAGGCCCCAGGCCCCAGGCAACAAGCCCCAGGACCCAGGCAACAAGCAAUAG